AAAAGAAGGGCUUACAAUACGCAUGCGCAGCGUCAGCGCAGGCUCCCGGGCUUCGUAGAGGUCCAGGUCUGGUCCAGGGUCAUCAGGGUGAGAUUCGGAUGUUCCGGCUGGUCCAGUGGUGGCUCCGGCCCGUUCGCAGGUCGUCGUGCCUGCUGUUGGCGGCUCCAUGGCGCGGGUUCAGCGGCUUUCCUCCCGGCUUUCCCGCCGCGCAUGUCCGCAGCUCAUUUCUGGAUUUCUUCCGGCGGAGACACGGACACCUGCUGGUUCCGUCCAGUCCUGUCCGGCCCAGAGCUGACCCCAGCCUGCUGUUCGUUAACGCCGGUAUGAACCAGUUCAAGCCAGUCUUCCUGGGGACCGUCGACCCCCGGAGCCAGAUGGCGUCGUACCGCAGAGUGGUAAACAGCCAGAAGUGCGUCCGCGCUGGCGGCAAGCACAAUGACCUGGAGGACGUGGGCAGAGACAUCUACCACCACACCUUCUUUGAGAUGCUGGGGAACUGGUCCUUUGGAGACUACUUUAAGGUGGAGGCUUGUCAAAUGGCGUGGAGCCUUCUCACUGAGCACUAUGGGAUUCCUGCUGACAGACUAUAUGUGUCGUACUUCGGGGGAGACGCUGCAUCUGGGUUACCACCGGAUGAGGAGACGCGAAACAUCUGGCUGGACUUGGGGGUUUCUCCUGGUCGCAUUCUGCCCUUUGGCCUGGAGGACAAUUUCUGGGAGAUGGGGGAUUCUGGGCCUUGUGGGCCCUGCACAGAGAUUCACUUUGACCACAUGGGGGUCCGUGAUGCUGCUUUCCUUGUUAACGCAGGCAGUCCAGAUGUGGUGGAGAUCUGGAACCUGGUCUUUAUUCAGUACAACAGGGAACCGGACCGCAGUCUCCGGUUGUUGCCGCGCUUCAGCGUGGAUACCGGGAUGGGACUGGAGAGACUGGUGAGCGUCCUGCAGGGCAAACGGUCCAACUACGACACAGACCUGUUUACACCACUGAUGGACGCCAUCCAUCAGAGGUCCGGGGUGGGGCCAUACACUGGCAGGACAGGUACUGAAGAGGGAAGCCAAGUGGACUUGGCCUACAGAGUCGUGGCCGACCACAUUCGGACCCUAUCCAUUUGCAUCGCUGACGGCAUCCAUCCGGGAAUGUCUGGCGCAGAGUUGGUGUUGAGGAGGAUUCUUCGUCGGGCCGUUCGGUUCUGCAUUCAGGUCCUGCAGGCUCCACAGGGAGCCCUGGCUAGCUUGGUCCCCACCAUUACCCAACUUCUGGGGGAUGCAUAUCCGGAGCUCAAACAGGAGGAGGAUCGGAUUGUGGACAUUAUCAACGAGAAUGAGGCUCAGUUCCUGGCGUCCCUGCAGCAAGGCAGCCGGAUCAUCCAGAGAACCCUCAGCAAGAAGGACUGCAAACACAGUGGCUUCCCUGCUUCAUUGGCGUGGACCUUGCACCGGGACCUGGGUUUUCCUCUGGACCUGGUAGACAUGAUGCUGGAGGAGAGGGGUGUCCAGGUGAACCGGCAGGAUCUGGACCGACUUCUCUUAGAGAACCAGAAGGUGGCAUCUGAGAAACGGGCGGGUCUUUGGUCCCAUGUGAUGUUGGACCUCCACAUCCUGGCGGAACUGCAGCGCCUUAAGGUUCCUCACACCGACGACAGCCUCAAAUACCAGUAUGGGUUAGAGAAAGACCGUUACGUUUUCCCAGCAUGCAGUGCGACCGUCUUGGCCCUGUGCAAUGGUCAGACUCUGGUGCAGGAAGUCUCUGAGGGUCAACGCUGUGCAGUCAUCCUAGAUCGAACCUGCUUCUACUCUGAGCAGGGGGGGCAGUCACAUGACCGGGGGUACCUGACCUGCAGUCGGCUGCAGGAUGUGGUGUUUCCCGUGGACGGGUUGCUUCAGGUUGGGGGGUACGUGGUUCACCAGGUCACAGCGACUGACCGCCUAAAGACAGGAGACCAAGUUCAGCUGCACCUUGACCAAGCCCACCGACUGUCCUGCAUGGUCAAGCACACAGCAACCCACAUCCUGAACUUUGCUCUAAGGAAGGUUCUGGGUCCGUCGGUCCACCAGCGAGGCUCUCACGUGUCAGCUGAUCGGCUGCGCUUUGAUUUCAGUGUCAAGGGUUCUCUCAGCAUCCCGCAGCUGCAACAGGUGGAAAGGUGUGUUCAUGACAUUGUGACAGCCAAUCAGAUGGUCCACACCAUGGAGCUUCCUAUGCAGAGAGCCAAGAGCAUCAGAGGACUGAGGACCGUGGACGAGGUGUAUCCAGACCCGGUCCGGGUGGUCUCUCUGCACGUUCCGGUCUCUGAGCUGCUGGACUCGCCGCCUGACAAAGACACGUCUGUGGAGCUCUGCUGUGGAACCCACCUCCUGCGGACCGGUGCCAUUGAGGACCUGGUGAUUGUCUCAGAAAAGCAGAUGGUGAAGGGAAUCAGCCGGGUGGUGGCCGUGACGGGACGCGAUGCAGCACAGGCUCGGGAGGCGGGUCAGGCUUUGUCCCAGGAAGUUGACUCCUUGUCAGCACGAUUGUCAGGCUCCUCCCCAUCCAGCAUUGACUCCGCCCAGCGACUCUCCAAAGAGGCCAGCAUCCUUUCUGAUGCUGUAGACAACACUCCCAUCCCCCAGUGGCAGCGGCGGGAACUGCAGGAUCGCCUGAAGACGCUGCUGAGGACCAGCAACUCCGCCAUCAGGAAAAUGGAGCUCAGAGAGGCGGCGCAGAAGGCUCAGGCCAUUCUGGAGAAGAAUGGCAGGAAGACGCUGCUGGUGGACUUCGUGGAGGCAGAGUCAUUAUCGGUUCUGGUGAAGACGGUAAACCAGCUGAGCUCAGCCGCUCCGUUUAGUCAUGUGAUGCUACUCACUCGCCAUGCCCAUUCAGGGAAGGUCCUGUGUGCGUGUCAGGUUCCCAAGGACUCGCCGACCUUGGCGGCUUCUGAUUGGGCGGUGGCUGUGUGUGGUUAUCUCGGGGGGAGCGCUGGGGGCUCCACCCUGGUUGCCAAGGGAACAGGGACCAGUGAUGACAUCACAGAAGCCCUGAGAUGGGCGGAAGACUUUGUGGCCCAGAAAAGACGGCGUUGAUGUCCGAAACAAGGCUCCGCCCACAGACGCUCCUUUGAUCUAACAUACAUAAAAACCGAAGCGUUUUGGUCUUGACCUCAGAAUAACUGGGUUUCUUCAGGACCCGGACCAGAACACAGACUGGUCUGGUCCGACUUCCACAGAACAUGGAAACAUUGAUGCUCUGCAGCAGAAACACGGAAGAAAACGAGCCAGAACCCGGGUCUGGAUCCAAAACCUUUAGAUCCGGGUCUGGGUCCUAACCUUUAGAUCCGGGUCUGGGUCCUAACCUUUAGAUCCGGGUCUGGGUCCUAACCUUUAGAUCCGGGUCUGGGUCAUAACCUUUAGAUCCGGGUCUGGAUCCAAAACCUUUAGAUCCGGGUCUGGGUCCUAACCUUUAGAUCCGGGUCUGGGUCCUAACCUUUAGAUCCGGGUCUGGGUCCUAACCUUUAGAUCCGGGUCUGGGUCAUAACCUUUAGAUCCGGGUCUGGAUCCAAAAACUUUAGAUCCGGGUCUGGGUCCUAACAUUUAGAUCCGGGUCUGAGUCAUAACCUUUAGAUCCGGGUCUGGGUCCUAACCUUUAGAUCCGGGUCUGGGUCCUAACCUUUAGAUCCGGGUCUGGGUCCUAACCUUUAGAUCCGGGUCUGGGUCCUAACCUUUAGAUCCGGGUCUGGGUCCUAACCUUUAGAUCCGGGUCUGGGUCCUAACCUUUAGAUCCGGGUCUGGGUCCUAACCUUUAGAUCCGGGUCUGGAUCCAAAACCUUUAGAUCCGGGUCUGGGUCCUAACCUUUAGAUCCGGGUCUGGGUCCUAACCUUUAGAUCCGGGUCUGGGUCUUAACCUUUAUAUCUGGGUCUGGGUCCUAACCUUUAGAUCCGGGUCUGGGUCCUAACCUUUAGAUCCGGGUCUGGGUCCUAACCUUUAGAUCCGGGUCUGGGUCCUAACCUUUAGAUCCGGGUCUGGAUCCAAAACCUUUAGAUCCGGGUCUGGGUCCUAACCUUUAGAUCCGGGUCUGGGUCUUAACCUUUAGAUCCGGGUCUGGGUCCUAACCUUUAGAUCCGGGUCUGGGUCCUAACCUUUAGAUCCGGGUCUGGGUCUUAACCUUAAGAUCCGGGUCUGGGUCCUGACCUUUAGAUCCGGGUCUGGGUCUUAACCUUAAGAUCCGGGUCUGGGUCCUAACCUUUAGAUCCGGGUCUGGGUCUUAACCUUAAGAUCCGGGUCUGGGUACUAACCUUUAGAUCCGGGUCUGGGUCCUAACCUUUAGAUCCGGGUCUGGGUCUUAACCUUUAUAUCUGGGUCUGGGUCCUAACCUUUAGAUCCGGGUCUGGGUCCUAACCUUUAGAUCCGGGUCUGGGUCCUAACCUUUAGAUCCGGGUCUGGGUCCUAACCUUUAGAUCCGGGUCUGGGUCCUAACCUUUAGAUCCGGGUCUGGAUCCAAAACCUUUAGAUCCGGGUCUGGGUCUUAACCUUAAGAUCCGGGUCUGGGUCCUAACCUUUAGAUCCGGGUCUGGGUCUUAACCUUAAGAUCCGGGUCUGGGUACUAACCUUUAGAUCCGGGUCUGGGUCCUAACCUUUAGAUCCGGGUCUGGGUCUUAACCUUUAUAUCUGGGUCUGGGUCCCAACCUUUAGAUCCGGGUCUGGGUCCUAACCUUUAUAUCUGGUUCUGGGUUGUUUUCCUUAUUCUUAGCUCAGAGUUCGUUGAACCCCAUUUUCCCCGGGGGUCCCUUAAAGGAGUAAAAGAACCGAGGACCACACUGGACCUGAAGCAGAACCCGGUGGUGCAGUCGAUCAGAACCCUGGGAGCUUGGACCUGGUCUUUGUCAGACGGGUCCAUUUCUGGCGGUUUGGUGUCUGAAGGUUCUGAAGGAGCAGUUUGAAGCUGUGUCCUUCAGAACCUUCAUGGAUGGGAAAGUGUGGCCCCCACCCUAAAGGACAGGUUUUAAAUCUUCCUCCACGGUGAAGUUCAGGAUAAAUGUCUUUUGUUUUCAGUCUCUGUGACAAAUUAAAGGGAUUUUAUUAUAA